AUGGAUAGAGUCGAUGUAGAUUCAAGUAUAAUAAAUCUUGAGGGCCAAGGUGUUCUUGAACUAUGUGACAAGAACAUGAAUUAUGUGUUUGGCCUCCCAUGUGGCGAUUCAACCAUACAAGCCGAAGGAGUCGAGCUGUCAGCAGCUUGCAUUGAGUAUACCCGUGUGGCAGCAUCGUUUAGUGACAGAGGCACCCACAGCCUGAAAGCAGCAGAGGCAUACUUAAGCAGAUGCAUAAUAGAAUCAUCUACUUACAAGAUAAAGGAUUGGAAUUGGGGAGGAUAUGUGUUGAAAAAUCUGUUUCAAGCUGUCAAAAAGUUCAAGGCAGAUGUUUUGAGAAGAAACCCAACCGUGCAUAUAGUUGGAUGUCAUCUAUUUCUGCAGCUUUUUGUGCCUGAUAGCCUCGAGCUGGGUGUUCUAAACAGGGCAAGAGGUGUAACCCCGCUUAUAGGCUUGUAUGACUAUGAGUCGAUCAAGAAUAUGGUUGAGAAAAUUACAGUGAAUGUUGCCCCGGGCGAAGUUUCCUUUCACGGCGCAGCGUCAGCGGAGAAACUCGGUAUACUUCUUCGGGAGCAGAAUGCCCGUGGGCUAGCAAAUAUUACAGAAAUACGUCAAGCGUUCUAG